ACGUAGUAGACACACAGAGGCCAGUAGUAGGCGGAGGCAAAGAGCACACACACACACACACACACACACCGUAGAGAACACUAUCAGCUGUGCAGCGCAGCUUUAACUUUUAUUUCCUAACUGGGCUUUUCGGAUUAAUACAUUUAGACUCGGCAUUGUUUGCGCCACCGAGGAUUGAGACGGCAAAAAACACACACAGCUGUAUUAUUCCAACCGCGGUGGAAGAAGAGGAAAAUAGAAAACACGGAUUACUGAAGGUGGACUUGAAAGCAUGGAAUAUUUCAUGAUGCCGACCGAGAAGAUCCCGUCCUUACAGCACUUCAAAAAGACGGAGAAGGAUGUGAUAGGGGGUCUCUGCAGCCUGGCCAACAUCCCCCUCAGUCCAGAGACAGCCCAGGACCAGGAGAGACGAAUUCGUCGUGAGAUCGCCAACAGCAACGAACGCCGUCGCAUGCAGAGCAUCAACGCAGGCUUUCAGUCCCUUAAAACACUCCUGCCCCAUACAGAUGGAGAGAAGCUGAGCAAGGCGGCCAUCUUGCAGCAGACGGCAGACUACAUUUUCACCUUGGAGCAGGAAAAGACACAGCUCCUUUCACAGAACAACCAGCUGAAACGCUUCAUCCAGGAAUUCAGUGGUUCGUCACCGAAGAGGAGGCGAGCAGAAGAGAAGGAUGAAGGCAUUGGGUCUCCAGACACGCUGGAGGAGGAGAAGGUGGAGGAGCUGAGGAAGGAGUUGUUAGAGCUACGACAGCAACUGGACAAGGAACGUUUGGCUCGAAUGCAGCUGGAGGAGCAGAUGCGAUCUUUGGAAACUCAGCUGAACCCAGAGUGUCUGAAAGUGAUUACGCAGCAGGUGGAGGAGGAGCAGGCACUUAUUCAAAGUCAGACGCUUUUAAGGCUGCAGCAGAUUCAUGCUGCUGACAAACAGACGGUCAGUCCCCAGCUUAGACAGACUCAAGUGGCCUCAGGCCUGUUUAUUGUCAAAUGUUGCACACCAUGCAUAGACCUUUUAUCUCUACUUCAGGUCCGGGCUCCUCCUACUCCACCUGCCCCAACCCACCACCCCACGGUCAUUGUCCCAGCUCCCACACUAACGCAGCAUCCCCACCAUCAUGUUACGGUGGUGACCAUGAGCCCGUCUGCCCACACCAGCACUGUGUCCACAUCCAGACAGAACCUGGACACUAUUGUGCAGGCCAUCCAGCACAUCGAGCGCACUCAGGAGAGGAGAGCCAGUGCUGAGGAGGAGCAAAGAAGAGCAGUUAUUGUUAGUCCCACCCAUAUCACCAUGGAAACCACCUGCUCUGACACAGACACUGACACAGAGGGAGAGGACUGCUCAAUGAACUGAUCCACCCCACACACAGACACACACUUAAAAUACCUAUUAACUGUAAGUUUCCCUCCAAGAGCUGGACUGCUUUCAUCAUCUUUCUUUGGCAUUAUCUGAUCCCUAACAUACAGUGGUUAAGCUCAAUGUCAGUCAUGUACUGUAAACUCCAUUGAAAACAUAGGAUUGUCAGGUAGUAAGACGUUCCUCAUGUAAGAAGCAACCAGCAUCCUUCUGUCCUUCAUUUGUGUUCCUAUGUGCGUUCUCAGUAUCACAAUCGGUCAUCUCUGGUGCACUGACAGUAUUACUUGUGCUAAAUUGAUAGAUUUAUUGUAAUAGAAAGGUUAAUGUAACAACCAAGCAAGCAGCUCUUGGUUUUGAAAAGCUCUUCCCCAGUCUUUAUUUUUGGUAGUGUCAUUGGCUAGGGUAUCCCACUUCAACUACAACUGAAGACAUGUCUGCAUUUACAAAUUUUGAGGAAAUAAAAUCAAGGUAAUUUGAGGGUUAGGAAUGUUUCGGUUGAUUGUUAGUUUUCUGAUUUACUUGAAGACAAAUAUUGUUUUGAUAUCUAAGCCCUUUAAAAAAUAAGCUGUAAGAACAAUUCACUUUUGUUGGUCUUUUGAUUUUAAUGUUUUUGUGUUUUUGUUAGGAAUUACUUUGUGUCAGGGUUACUGAAUGUUGAAGGUGAAGUUUUUAUUAUGUUGAGAUUAACAACCUAAAUAGAAGUUUGUCAGAUUUUUACAGGAAAGGUAAGGCCGGAUUUCAGUUUUUAGAAAACCUACAAAACUGAUUAAGAACUAAACGUUGGUUUUCCAAAAUUUACCAGCAUUCUGUUAGUGAUGUUGUUUUAAAGUAAUCUCAGUUCAUGUGACAGACCUAAUCCUUGUAUACAGAAAUUAACAUUGCAUAAUAUUCGAGCAUGAAGGCGUCUGGUGUCCUCCUCUGACUGUCUGGCCUUGGUUUGUUGUUUUCAAAGACUAUGCACUAGAGUUUCUGGUAUUUAUGCAAAUCCAUCUUUGUGUCAUUUAAAAAGGAGGUGAUGUUAUCUAUGCACCAGUGAUAGGUGUAUACAUUACACCUAUAGUGUAUGUAUGAAUCUCAAUUUGCUGGAAUCAAAGAAUGUAGUCUCACAAUUCAAGGUGCUCUCAACCUGGUGCUCUACUGUAAAGCAGUGAGCUGUAAUUUUACACUAGAUUGAACUUGCUCGAGUCGAGCAGGCAGGAAAGUUUAACAACAAGCAGCAAAGAUUUUGUUUUUUGUUUUAUAUUUGCUCUUACAUAACCGCAACUUUCAGGACAUAAAUUGAGUGGCAUCUUGGGAAAUGCCAAUUUCAAAACAGUCCUUGAUUGUAAGAUGAACAGCUUUUCAAACAAAAAGUGAUCUGAACAUGUUGCCUUCAGAAACCCCAUCUCCUUGCACAAUACAUUAGAUGUGUCUAUCGCAUGUUGUUGCUUAUGAUUCUCUAGGUUUUGACUGGAAAGCUCUACUUUUAGUCUGUCUCCUCAGUCAGACUUCAUUUGAUACAAUGACUUGAUGCUGUAAACAUUCCUUCUUAUUUAGAUUUGUAUCCAUCUUUCGUCCAUUGAAUGCAUGUUACUAAUUGCAGUUUUCUCUUGUAUAAAUCUGGGUUUGUUUUGACUUUUUCCUCUUUUUUUGCGGGUCUUUUUUAAUGAACAUGUUAUGGAGUUCGGUGUGAAGCUGUCUUUGUGAGAUGUCUGGACACUAUUCAUCAUAUGUCCGAUUUCUAUCAAGUUAGACUAGUAUUUUCAAGGCGCGUGUGUGUGGGAGGGGCUUUGUUAAAGGUUAUGGUGUUCUGCUGACAAAUGUUAGGCUACAGCCUGAGUUUGGCAGAGGUUUAUCAAUGGUCUCAAACACCUUAAUGUUUUUCAUUGUGUUGCAGCACUGCUGCCUUUGGUGGAAUUAGAUAUUUGAUAUGAAGCACUUGGUGAGAAAGUUAUUUGCCUUUUUUUUUGUUUUGUAAGCUCUCUACUGUGACACAAUUCAUUCAAACAUCUGUGUUCUGUCUUGUCCUGUUUUCCUUUUUUUUCUGGUGACAGGCAUUUUUUAUAUCGUGAUAUCUAUUUUUUUUCUUCAUCAGUCCAUGUCGAUAAAAGCUGUUAUAUUUUGUUAAUAAAACUGGGUUAUAAGCAGGCCUUUGUAAAACAAAAAAAUAAAAUUUGUACUUUUUUAUUACA